GAUAAUUAAACAUUUUACAACAAACAAACAAACAAAUAUCAGUUUAAAAAGCAAACAAAACAAACAAACAUCUACCCACUCUAAGAGAGAAGGAGAGCCUGAACAGGUGAGUUUUUGGCCUCGAUUUAAAGUGUGGUAGUGAAUCAAUAUUUCGGAGGUCAGGGCGGAGUGCAUUCCAGAGUUGGGGAGCAGAGCGGCUGAAUGCUCUGCCCCCCAUGGUAGUGAGGCGAACGGAGGGGACAGUGAGGUGAAUAGAAGAGGAGGAUCUGAGGAUGCGAGCAGGUAUGGUGAUAAGAUCUUCUUCCUUCUUUGCGGCUUUCUGGCAGACUAAACACUAAUGCCUCAUUUUCACUUAUGUAUGUGUCCGGAGACAUGUCAACAGGAAGUACACUCAUAUGGGAAUCACUGUGGUAUCCGAUGUGCCUGCAAAACUUCUCCCCUCUGUAAUAUUUUGAUCCAGAAUUUGCCAGGAUUAUAAAAAAUUUUAACUUUUGCGGUGGCUUCCAGAGAGGCCGCAACAGUGUGCUAGCUUAGCUAACAGGCUGCUAACUGGCUAACAGGCUAUUGUCUUUAAUUCAGUUGCCUGUGUUGAUUGACAAGUGAGUUUGUUUGAUUAAAAACUUGUUAAUCUAGUUUUAAGGCAUUGUGACCCUGACUAAUUUCAUUCUGUGAAAAUAUGGUUACACAUUUUAUACAGUCGUUCAUACGUCUCUUUAUUGAAAUAUGUCACAAAACACGCCGUGCUCCUCGCAGGCCAACAUUUUCACUUAUUUGUUACCAUGUUAUAUAUUGUACAUAUAUAUAUAUUUUCCCGGUAGUGUUACAAGCGAAUAUUCCAAAGUACUAGAUGUUGAAUAACGGAAAAAUUUGCCUCUCCCCCUUGGCUACCGGUAGUUUCUAUAAGGUUUUUAAUCCAUCUGUAAAGAAAUGCACUUCCUAGCACUGGACACUAGAGGCAUCAUCCAUAUAUUUACAAAUCUACAGACACCAGUCACAUACAUAAGUGGAAACAAGGCGCAAUACUGAACUGCAUCUAUAAAUGACAAUUCAGUUUACUCAUCAAACAGCUCAAACUGACUGGGCAGGUAGUCACUCAUACUAGGAUGGUAGCCUGUGCCACCCCAGGUCACUGCCUAGACACGGCCCUGGUCUCAGGUUGCUGUUAAAUGGGAGUCUUGGAAAUGUAGGAGACCUUAAGCUCCAGUUUUUAACUUGCAGCCCCUCAGUUUUUCCCUUUAAAACUGCACUAAUAAAUAUUUCUAUGUAAGUGAUAAAAUGUUAGUGAAUGUAGAUUGUUUGUUUAGGAAAUUCCUGAAUUACACUGAUAGAUUUUAAGGUUUUGUUUGUUGUUUGGAGGAAAGCUGCUCGAAGGUGAUGCACACAAGCAGCCUUGACACCUUGCAGAGAGGCAAUGAAAGCGAGGGUGGGUUUCUCAGAGAGGAAGUGCAGAGAUCAGACUGUUGCCGUGUCCGACCGCCAGUUGUUGGUAGGACAGGAUGCAGUUAACACCGUUCUGCCUGGUGCUGUCCUGUCUUCAGGUCAGCCCGGACAGGUCUCAGUACUUCAGGUACGACACCGUCUCUUUGAGCUGCGAGGAUCAGUUGAACUCCACUGGCUGGAAGUUGAAGAGGAGAACGGAGGAGGGUGGGAUCAGAACCUGCUCCUCCAGCUGGGGCACCUCCUCCUCGGGUUCGACCUGCAUCAUCAGAAACAUUUACCCAUCAGACACCGGGGUGUACUGGUGUGAGUCUGAAGACGGCGAGAGAAGUAACGCCGUCAACAUCACCGUCUCUGAUCGCGCAGUGCUCCUGGAGAGUCCUGCCCUCCCUGUGUUAGACGGAGCUGCUUUCAGUCUGCUUUGUAGAGCCGAGUCGCAAUCCUCCCACCACACGUACGAUUUCCAUAAAGAUGGCCGCUCUGUCGGCAGCAGCUCCACAGGAAAGAUAACCAUUCCCGAUGCUUCCAAGUCUGACGAAGGACUCUACACGUGCAGCAUCCCUGGAGUUGGGGAAUCCUUGGGCAGCUGGGUGGCUGUUAAAGGUUCUCUUCCGCCUUCAUCUUCAGCUCCGACGACAGGUUCCUGUUUAGUCUCUGUUCCCAGGUUGAUAUGUCACUUAUUGGUGGGAACACCUUACCUGGUGUCCACCAUCUUACUGGGACUCAUUUACAGAGACAGGAACAGAGCAGCUCGGAUGGCCGCAGAGAGAAGAGGCAGCAAUGAUGUCAUCAUGGAAAUAGUUGUAUAGUCCUACAUACUGGUAAAAGUGGCAAAGAAAUUCAGCUUCAGUUGCACCACAGGACGUCCUGGAGAUCUAUUUUUACCACUGUCCACCAGUCCAAUACCAGCAAAGACUAUAGUGACGAUUGGAGGAGUUUACAAAGCUUUGUGACGUCUAUGAAUCCUGAUAAACAUAAAUAAUAUUUCUAUGUUAAUUAUCUUUCAAACCCAAACCAGACAAAUUUAAAGCUGAAAACUGCCUUGUAACAUUUACGUUUACAUUUAUCUGGAGGAUCUUGUUUUGAGACAAACAAUCACAUACAAAUUUCGAUGUAAAUAGAGAACAUUAAGGAAACUUUUUCAUGUUUUUUCUACAUACAGCUCAGUGAUUAGCUGUUGGACUGAUGGAUGUGUUCGGGACACCACAUCUGUAAUAGACUCCAUCUCUCCUUCACUUUCUUCCUUUUGUCUCUUACUUCCUCCAAGUCACUUUCAGGUAGGAGACAAGAGAAACAGAGCACAGCCUCCAUCUCAACAGGGUGUUAUGACCUCUGAUCCUUUUGGCGUGUAUUACUCUCAGUACAGUCUUGUUUGGAUGAGAGAAGGAACUGAGUAGCUACUGAAGGGUGGAUGGAUACAAAGCACAUAAUUCUUGUGUUACCUCACUGUUGAGCGUGAAAAGGAAGUGGAGGGUGAUUGUGGUUUGGUUGUUUUCAUCAUGCAAAUAUAUGAGGUGUGAAGAUUUAGUCCAGGUAUCUGUUGUUUUGUUUUUUUCCAUUUGACAUUUUAUCUCUGUCCAGAAUUUACUCAGACGAUGACUGAAAAUAGAAUUAAUCCUUUACUGGAUAAUGACACAAAUAGCUGCUGUAAAUCCCCCUUUAGUAUUUUGUUCUUCUCUAGCAUUGUUAUUCAUCUGUGAUAUAAAUGCUCACUUUAAAUAUAAACAGGAAAAGCGCAGACAUUUUCGCAGUGAGUUACCCAAUCAGCCUUUCCUACCUAUGUGGGUCAGUUGUGGUGAGUUUGUUCGUAUUCAGAGUACGUCUGUGUUAUUUCU